AUGGACUCCAGACUGCUGCUCCGGGCGGCGGCGGCGGCCCCUCGCCCUCUUUGUCACCAGACAGCCCUCGCCAGUCGGUUAAGCCGGCCGGCACUGGCCGCCCUUCAGAGCUCGACGCCGGCGAUGCAGCAGAGGCGAACAAAAGCCACGGCGAACCGGACCAAGCGCGCCCUCAACAUCCCCCCACAUCCGUCCUUUCUCAGCAGCGACGUCGGCGAGGACGUCGUCAUCUUCAACCCGCCGUCGUCCGAGGCCUCGGUGUACCACACGCCCUUCAAGUUCCUGCCCAAGAGCGACCCGCGGCGGCGCGCCAACAUGGCCGCGCUCUUCGAGUCCUCGGCCACGAUCAAGUUCCCCGAGGGAGCUCAGGAGGCUGCCGACGGGACGGCCAGCACCCCGGCUUCGGGAGUGCAGCCCAAGCACAUGCCGACCGUCAACAUGGGCACCAAGAAGAGCAGGCUGACGACUGAGGAGGUGGCCGAGAUGCGGAGGCUGCGGGAAGAGAAUCCGAUUGAGAACAGCGUCCACAGGCUCGCCGUCAAGUUCAACUGCACCAAGCUCUUUGUCAUGAUCGCCACCGGCAGCAAGGAUAUGACGGACCACAAGAAGCGCAUGGAGAGGCAGCUCGAGAAGCUCAGGGCCCGCUGGGGUCCCAGGAAGGCCAAGGCCAGGUCGGAUCGGUACAAGAGGACGGAGAUGCUGUACCGGGGUGAACUGCAGUAG